AUAGUGCACAUAAAAAUGAUGUGUUUUCAACUCUGAUGGUUUUGUCAGAAAUGUUGCGUUAUAUAGCGCAUGUUUCUUCUCUGAUCUUGCCACAUGUGCUCGCAGAUACGGUGCAGAUAUAGCCUGCCUACGAGAUGACAUUAUGGACAAAACAGUAGCCACGCAUUAUUGGGAAGGAGCAUUUAAGUUCAUCACCUUGCACUUUCACCAAACCGAUGAAGUUCCUGAUAUAUUUCAUCUGUAGCCUAAUAAAAUACAUGCUUUCCCAAGUCAUUGUGGGGGGGACCACAUGUCAAGUUUGGUACAAUGUGACAGUUAUUAUAUCAGUAUUUCCACUGCCAUGUCUCCCAUAGUUUAUUGACAUUUGGCAAGUUCAUGACAAAUUAGCUUUUUCAAUCAGGCCUGUCCUGACUAUUUUUAUCCGUCAUGUAUUUUAUGCGCAUUAAGAUUAGAUGGAAACCUGGUUACUGGAGACAUGUGAUCUGUGUGCAACACAAGGGAAGUUUUAGACCUGUGUGACGUGUCUCGACUGAAAAUAUGGGAUAGCACUGACUACUAUUCCCAAGUGCAUCAGUGUUUGUUGUGCUAACAGCCUUGUGGCACUUCAGCCGGAUGUGCAGUCAUCCUUGCCAACACCCUGUAGUGAUCCUUAGCCCCAUACUGACAAUUUAGGAUUUAGUAAAGCAAUGGAAACUUGUAUGAAAGAUGUUUUCAACUUCCUAUUCAUAUGCUCUCAACAGGGAUUUAUGAGGCUCGAAGUAGUUGAAUCCCCUUUGGGAUCUUUGAAGAUCUUGAAGGAACUUCAUAAAAAUAAUAAGAUAUGUCUGGGACAUUAAUCCGACGACUACACGAUUAUCAUGAGUACAAUACGAGACUGAUAACCAGAUGCUUUCAAAUCAAGAUAUAUCUUGAUUUAAUUUGCAAAUAUGUUGUAAUUUAACACUACUUAGUUUUGUGGAUUAUUCAAAAAUAUUGAUGAAACCAAAGCGGUUUGCUUUCUUCCACACAUGACUUUCAUUUCUUCUCUGCUUAUGACAGUUGGGCCUCCAUAAAUUAAAGUAAUUUAAUGUAGACAACCGCAUAUAUAUUUUGUUGGAAUUACAGAAAUGAACAUGUCCUUUUCAAUCAUGCACAUUCAUGCUGCAAUUCUGAAAUGCUAUAUUUUGGCAUGAAUAAAUAGCCAGUGUCUACCGCCAGCCACCUGGGGUGAAAGUUUCCAUUGCGUUCUGGCAGGCAGUGCCAUCUCUGCAGCAUUUAGCUCCUAUCCAUCUGUUCAUGUAAAAUACUGUGUCAGUGAUGAAAAUCACAAACAAUAUAACAUGCAUUACAUUUACAUAACCUUACCUGAAAUGAAUAACAGUGGACAGCAUCUUCAUGUUUUUGUUUGCAUGCCAUUUUAAUUUCACAUUUUGUGGGUGUGUGUGUGAGAGAAGCAGACACUGAUGGGUUUAUAAAUAUGCAUAGAUUUACGAAUAUGUAUAUCUGAUUUUUCGUAGGUUUAGUUUUUUAGUUUUUUUUUCUAUUCUCCAUCUCAUUUGUAGGCUUAUUCAGACACACCUGAGGAUGUUGGGACUCCUCCAGUUAGGGUUGUGAAGAGACCGCAGGACGGAGCUAGAGGAAAGCGUUUGGAGGAAAGUGAUCGAAAGGAGAAAGCGAGAAUGUUUUUACUUUCGGUGACUAGAGAGUGAAUGUGGCAGACAGAAUAAUAUGUGGAAAGGGACGCAUGGGCAACCCAAAGCACAUCACCCUGGCCUUCUCUCAGACCGAGUCCAUGAGGAAAGGAGGAGGAAAGAGGAGGAUGUUCUCCUUUUCACUCCGUUGUCGGCUCGGCAUCAUCAGAGGGAGGACCAAAGAUGAUGGGCCAUACUCUAAGGGCAGCAAGGACUCUGGAGGGACCGACCAUGCCCUUACCUCCAGGAGACGCAGUAUUAAAGAGGACUACUGGGGCAUGACCACGUUGGACCUGAUUAAAAGGGAAGGCAGCAGCCUGGGCCUCACCAUCUCCGGGGGGUCCGAUAAGGACGGCAAGCCCAGAGUGUCAAACCUGCGGCCAGGUGGGCUAGCUGCCAGGAGUGACCAGCUGAAUGUGGGAGACUACAUCAAGUCAGUGAACGGCAUCAACCUGUCCAAGCUCCGCCACGAUGAGAUCAUCAGCCUGCUGAAGAACAUAGGAGAGCGUGUGGUUCUGGAAGUGGAUUACGAACUACCUCCUUUUGUCCAGAACACUCCCACAAGUGUUAUAGCUAAGACUAUAGAGGUGUGCCUAUACAAGGAGGGCAACAGCUUUGGAUUCGUCAUGAGAGGAGGGUUCCAUGAAGACUGGCACAGGUCUCGUCCUCUGGUAGUGACCUACGUACGGCAUGGGGGUCCAGCUGAUCGAGAGGGCACACUGAAGGCUGGUGACCGUGUGCUGAGCAUAGGCGGGAAGCCCUUACACCGAGAGAAGCAUGCUGACGCUCUGACUAUGCUGAUGCAGUGUAGCCAGGAAGCCCUGUUCCUGAUUGAGUAUGAUGUCUCCCUCAUGGAGUCAGUGCAGCAGGCCUCUGGCCCCCUACUGGUGGAGAUAGUGAAGUGUCCUGCAGCCAGCCUGGGUGUUAGCCUAGCUACUGCUGUGUACAGGAACAAACAGGUCAUCGUCAUCGACAAGAUCAAACAAGCCAGUGUGGUGGAAAGGUGUGGGGCAUUGCAUAUAGGUGAUCUCAUUCUGUCUAUAGACGGGACCAGCACUGAGCACCUUUCCCUGAUGGAGGCCACGCAGCUAUUGGCCCAAACCUCUGACAUUGUCAAAUUGGAGAUCCUUCCAGCCAAUCAGAGCAGACUUCCCAUGAGACACCAAGACACAGUGAAAGUACAGAAAAGCAACCUUCAACACUGGGAGCCCACUGCCAACUACAGCCACACCCAGCACUGCAAGACAUGGAGCAGUCCCAGCCACCAGCUCAACCAGCAGGACCACUGCAAAUCUCUGGUGUGUGGUGGCUUCUCCCCUUCCUCCACAGCCACCUCAGGGUACAGCAGCACCCUGCCCUGCCCCAUCCCCCCCGUCGCCCCCCCAAGCCCCCACAGCACGACACACAAGAGAUGCCAGCGGAGUAAGGAGCACAAGAGCUCACUGUCCCUAGCAUCCAGCUCAGUGGGCCCUGGGGGUCAGGUUGUUCACGUGGAGACCAGCGAGGUCGUCCUGAGGGGGGAUCCACUCCUAGGGUUUGGGGUUCAACUGCAGGGGGGUGUUUUUGCCACAGAGACCCUGUCUGCCCCCCCAGUCAUCCGCUUCAUCGAGCCCGACAGCCCUGCCGAAAGAUGUGGACUUCUGCAGGUGGGGGACAGACUCCUGUUAAUCAACAGAAUCCCUACAGAGGAUGGAACACUGGAGGAAGCCAAACAACUACUGCGAAAUGCCGCUCUGGCCAAUAAGGUCACUCUGGAGGUCGAGUUUGAUGUAGCAGAAUCAGUGGUUCCAAGUAGUGGCAUGUUCCAUGUGAAGCUGCCCAAGAGGAGGGGAGUAGAUCUUGGCAUCACAAUCAGUGCAAGCAAGAGACCCGAAAAAGCUCUCAUCAUCUCUGACAUCAGAAAAGGAAGCAUAGCUCACAGGACAGGCACGUUGGAGCCAGGGGACAGGCUGCUGGCUAUCGACAACGUGCGUCUGGAGAACUGCACCAUGGAGGACGCCAUGCAUGUGCUGCAGCAGGCAGAGGACAUGGUCAAGCUCCGGAUCCAGAAGGACGAGGAUAACGCUGAUGAGCUGGAGAUGUCUGGUUCCAUUAUCUACACAGUGGAGCUGAAGCGUUUCAACGGCCCGCUGGGUAUUACCAUCUCAGGCACAGAGGAGCCUUUUGACCCUAUCGUCAUCUCAGGCCUCACAAAGAAGGGCCUGGCUGAAAGGACUGGUGCCAUCCAUAUAGGGGACCGUGUCCUGGCCAUCAACUGUGUGAGUCUGAAGGGGAAACCCCUGAGUGAGGCCAUCCAUCUACUCCAAAUGGCCGGAGAGACUGUCACCCUUAAGAUCAAGAAACGCCAAGACGAAUCGGAUGGGCAGCAGAUGUCGGAGCAGGCAGGAUUCCCGAGCGACACAGAGGAUGAGCUGAUUGACUACCAGAAGACCAGUAAACACUCAGGGGUGUACUCUGCCACCGGGCCCAGCGUGUACUCUGCCAUGAGCUCCUGGGACGGUUCCGGCAUCGACACUGGCUACGGCAGCCAAGGAACGUAUCUCCACAGAGGUGCAGAUUUGACCUUCCAGCCUAACGAGUGGAGACGCACCAAACCGACCAGGACUCACCUCACCUCCACUGGCCUUACCGCCCUUACCCACCACUCCCAACUCUACGAUGGGAGAUACGAUGAGGAUGACUGGGAUAAGGCUGCUGGAUACGCCAGUCCCCCUUGUUGCCAUGGCACCCUGAACCAGGAGGACACCUUCUGGUCCCAGGCCCUGCAGGACCUAGAGACCUGCGGCCAAUCAGAGAUACUCAGGGAGCUGGAGGCGUCCAUGACAGGCAGCACUCUUAGCCUGUAUCUGGCGUCCCAGGAAGUGCUAAAGAGCAGAAUCAGUCCUGUGAAGAGGGGUCCCAUCCAUGACGAGCCUAAAACCAAAGGCAACCUGCAGAGGUCCAACAGGACCAGGGACACACCCCCCAGAGGGAGAGGAGAGACCCAGGAGACCACUUCCCCUACAGCCCUGGAACUGCUGAAGGUGACCCUGAGGAAGGACCCAGACUGUGGAGACUUUGGCUUCAGUGUAUCAGAUGGCUUCCUAGAGAAAGGCAUCUACGUCAACAUGAUCCGACCAGAUGGUCCUGCCAACCAGGCCGGGUUGAAACCCUAUGACCGCAUUCUGCAGGUGAACAGAGCGAGGACCAGAGACUUUGACUGCUUCCUGACUGUUUCUCUCAUCACUGAAGCAGGAGACAGCUUGGACCUGGUCAUCAGCAGAAACUCCCUGGCACAGGCAGAUAAGGGGCCACCUCAGGACUGCGAGGACCCUUCUGACUCCCUGUUAAGCUUCCUACAUUAUAGGACCAAUAGUAUCGCCCUGUGACAAAGGUCCAAGGGGGAGGUAAUGGAUAAUAGCACGUUCAAAUGGUGUUACACAUUAUACCAUGUGACAUGUAGGCACUGCACGUCUCACACACUGGUUUUGUUUUGUUAUAUCUCUUGUACAUACACACAGAAUCACAUUCAGAUGUGAGAAUACAUGUGUAUGUGAAUAAACA